AAUGGCUCCAACAGCAGGUGGUGAAGGAAAGAGCAAAGAGGAGCUACGUCACUGCAGACAUGAAAACUAGAGGCUUGCCUGCUGCCCACACUAAACCCGUCCACACACAGACGCUGCACUUCAAUGACCCAGUGUGGAGCAGCCUGUGGUAUUUUCACUGCAUUGAAAAGUCCAAAGGCUGCAGGUCUCACAUGAACAUCGCUGCAGCCUGGGAGAGAGGGUAUACGGGGAAGGGCGUGGUGGUGUCCGUCCUCGAUGACGGCAUUGAGAAAGAGCAUCCCGAUCUGAAGCCAAAUUAUGAUCCAGUAGCCAGCUACGAUAUGAAUGGACGAGACCCAGAUCCGUCUCCUCAUUAUUCAAGCUCUGCUGACAACUA